AUGUCCUCCAGGAAAUUAAUUCAUUAUGAUGCCGAGACAAGAAAGCAGCGCCUGAACGAACCUAGUAAGAAAACUUUGAUUCACAUCUUGACUAUCAUUGCGUCGGGGUUUGCACUAAUUUCUGAUGGAUAUCAGAACAAUGCAAUGUCCAUGCUGAAUAGGUUAUUCCCCGCAUUGUACGGCAAGGAGAACUAUACUUCAGCUGUUUCUACUCGUGUCUCGAACGCUUCGCUAGUCGGUACGAUCAUUGGACAAGUUGUUAUCGGAUUUGCAUGUGACUAUAUGGGCAGAAAAUGGUCCAUCCUCACUGCUACGAUAUUAUUGGUUCUCGGUAGUGCUUUAUGUGCUGCUUCUCAUGGUAUUACCGUUCAAGGGAUGUUUUGGAUGCUUACAGUAAUGAGAGGUGUGGUUGGUGUUGGUAUUGGAGCAGAGUAUCCUUCCGCUUCUGUUAGCGCUAAUGAAGCCGCAAAUGAGUACAGUGAGAAACAUCGUGGUGGACUGAUGGUUUUGGUUACUAACUUGCCGCUAUCUCUGGGGGGACCAUUCGCCUCUAUAAUAUUUCUAAUUGUUUAUUCCAUCUGUGGACCACACCGUCUGGAGGGUGUAUGGAGAGCAAUGUUUGCACUUGGAUGUUUCUGGCCAUUAUCGGUGUUUUACUUCCGUUGGAAAAUGGCAACUAGUGAAUUGUAUAAAAAAGCUAGGUUUACAAGUAGAAUUCCGUUGUGGUUGAUUAUUAAAUUCAAUUGGGUAAGGUUGGUAGGUACCUGCGGUGCUUGGUUCAUGUUCGACUUCGUGACAUUUCCAAAUGGUAUUUUCAGCGGAACUAUUAUAUCCUCAAUUAUAGGUGACAGCACAGAUUUGAAGAAAAUCUGUGAAUGGAACCUUCUUUUAGGAAUUAUUGCUAUUCCAGGUGUUUUUGUUGGUGCGUAUUUAUGCGAUAAAAUUGGUAGAAAAUACACAUUAAUGUUUGGAUUCUGUGGCUACUUAAUCUUUGGUUUGAUUAUUGGUUGCGCUUAUGAUCAACUGAAAAACAUUACUGCAUUGUUUAUUGUGUUCUACGGCUUGAUGAAUUGUUUGGCCAAUGCAGGUCCUGGUGAUAUGCUGGGUGUCACUUCCAGUGAAUCUUUCCCUACAGCUGUUAGAGGUACACUUUACGGUUUAAGUGCUGCCAUUGGUAAGGUUGGUGCAGUUGCAGGUACUGAAUCAUUUCAACCAAUUAGAGACCGCUUAGGUCCUAGGUUUACCUUUAUCAUUGCUGCAGCAUGUGGCGUUGUUGGUAUUUUAUUUACAUACUUUUGCAUUCCACAUAGCAAGGAGCUUGAUUUGAUGGAACUCGAUAUUAAGUUUCACAAUUAUUUGGUUCAGAAUGGGUGGGAAGGCACCAUGGGAUUUGAUGAAAGUGAAGAUACUGAAACUGGCUCCAUAUCGGCUGACUCUACAGUCAUGGAAGUUGUCGAUGUUGCAGACAAAAAAGAUGAUACGGUUACCACUGUUCAGCUUCGUUAA